CGCGAGAUAAGGCGGCGUGGGGUGCCGUGGGGGUGCUCUGCGGCUGGGCGCUGGCGGGGCCCACUCCUGAGCGCGCCGCCGCGGGAGGAACCCGGGUCCCGGGCCGAGGCUGCUCGGGGAAUGUUUUCAGUAGGUACCGACAUGGCUGCGGCCUUGAGAUCUGCCGGCGCCCUGCUCCGCGAUCGGCUGGUACAAAGCAGCUCAAGGGCCCGUCAGCCAUGGAGGUGCCAGUUGAAUAUGGCCACAGCAGCAGCCGCCACAGAAACAGCCCAACCUGCCAGAAGCCCACAACCGCAAGUUCAACCAGGGAAGAGAAAGCCGAAAACUGGAAUAUUAAUGCUAAACAUGGGAGGCCCUGAAACCCUUGGAGAAGUUCAUGACUUCCUUCUGAGGCUCUUCUUGGACCGAGACCUCAUGACACUUCCUAUUCAAAAUAAGCUGGCACCAAUCAUCGCCAAACGCCGAACCCCCAAAAUUCAGGAGCAGUACCGCAGAAUCGGAGGCGGAUCCCCCAUCAAGAUGUGGACUUCCAAGCAAGGAGAAGGCAUGGUGAAGCUGCUAGAUGAGUUGUCCCCGCACACAGCCCCUCACAAAUACUAUAUUGGAUUCCGGUAUGUCCAUCCUUUAACAGAAGAAGCAAUUGAAGAGAUGGAGAGAGAUGGGCUUGAAAGGGCUAUUGCUUUCACACAGUAUCCACAGUACAGCUGCUCUACCACAGGCAGCAGCUUAAAUGCCAUUUACAGAUACUAUAAUGAAGUGGGAAAGAAGCCUACGAUGAAGUGGAGCACUAUUGACAGGUGGCCCACACAUCCCCUUCUCAUUCAGUGCUUUGCAGACCACAUUCUGAAAGAACUGGACCGUUUUCCACUUGAGAAGAGAAGCGAGGUGGUCAUUCUUUUUUCUGCUCACUCACUGCCAAUGUCUGUGGUCAACAGAGGGGAUCCCUAUCCUCAGGAGGUGGGCGCCACUGUCCAGAGAGUCAUGGAUAAGCUGGGUUACUCCAACCCCUACCGACUGGUUUGGCAGUCCAAGGUUGGUCCGAUGCGCUGGCUAGGUCCUCAAACAGAUGAGACUAUCAAAGGGCUUUGUGAGAGGGGGAGGAAGAAUAUCCUUUUGGUUCCAAUCGCUUUUACCAGCGAUCACAUUGAAACACUGUAUGAACUGGAUAUCGAGUACUCGCAAGUUCUAGCCAAAGAGUGUGGAGUUGAAAACAUCAGAAGAGCAGAGUCUCUUAAUGGAAAUCCAUUGUUCUCUAAGGCCCUGGCAGAUUUGGUACACUCGCACAUCCAGUCCAACGAGCUGUGCUCCAAGCAGUUGACUCUGAGCUGUCCGCUCUGCAUAAAUCCUGUCUGCAGGCAAACUAAAUCCUUCUUCACCAGCCAGCAGCUGUGACCCCGCAAAGGACCCGUGGGAUUAGGCAAAUGCUGGACCUCCAGAUACCUCCAAUACAGAGGAGGACGUAUUUAGAGACCAAGGAGGGAAGUGAUAUUAGUGUAUGUACAGCCUUUGGACACAAAUUAUGUGAUUUCUUGAGGAACAGACUCUGACAUCCUUAUUAAGGGUUUUCUGUUUUUAUAUACCAAAACAGUAAGCAUUAUAUCCCUCACUCUGGGUGAAGUGACUAGCUUGGAAUGUCCACUAGGCUAUUUAAAAAAUGAGUUUUAAAAAUUUAUCUUAUGAAAUACGUAUUUUAAAUAUACAUUUUGGUUUUAUUGCGCAGAAAACCUUCUGCGAGGGUACAGAGAGUCCCCUCUCUGGGCUGACAGUGUGAAUGAGAUCUGUUUACAAUCUCAUACAUUUAGUUGUUUUUUUACGUGAACGUAGUUGAAUAAGUGAAGUAUAAGUUGAAGAGGAAAUGUUACCGAAUCUUUCCGUGAGCCGCGGGUGGCAGAAUGCCGGCGAGCGGCGCAGGUGCUUACAGUGGUGCUUCUGCCAGUGCUGUCAUGCUAAUUGGUCAUUUUGGUACUUGUGUGUGAACCUCACUUUCCUCACCACACAACCAAACCAAGUACAGGUUCCAAGAGUACUUUGAGAUUACCCCGACACACAAGGCUAAGAAACGUGUAGAAACCCAGUGCGUCGUCCACGCCUUGGUGGGAAUCUGGAGCCGCAGGAAAGGGGCUCCGGCUGCUUGCUGUCUCCCAGGACAGCAGUCCGGGGAACGCUAACCGUGGACUUCAUCUUUAACGCUCCUCCCCGGGACCCAGCGAGCCUUCCAUUGAGCAUCUUCCUUAUUUUGGGUGAAUGUCUCCUUUCUGCAUAUUUGUUUGAAUUAUUUUAUAAAAUUAACUGUGUUUUGUAAGCUUGAAUUCUUCCUUCAUUUAUAACUUUUUAUUACAAAAAUUAUGUAACAUGCUAUAGGAACUUUGAAAAAUAGAGAAAAGACAGCUAACCACUCAACUGCAAUAGCCAUUAAUCAUAUUGUAUUUCAUGUCAGUCUUUUACUUUCCUGUGGAUAUUUUUAAUGCCAUUGUAAUCUUGAAUUUUUGAGUGAAAAGUUGUUCUAAAAAUGUGAAAGUAAUAUAGGAUCAGAAUCUGAUCUUCUAUACUUGGAUUUAAAUGGAUUAAAAAGUCUCUGAUGGAUCCAUAAUGAAUUUGUAAUGGUUGCUUUCUCUUUCCUCAUUGCCUAAAACUUUGUUCUUCAAAAGAGCAUUUCUUUGAUUUUUUUAAAGCCAGUUCAUAGAGUGGAAGUAUUAGAGGACUCAUAGAUCUUCUAUAUUCAGAUUUACUAUGUUAAUAAAUAUUAUGACAUCAUUAAGGUUUUAACCCAUUUGAUUCAUGCUCUCGGUUAAAAAAAUGCUAAUCUAAAUCGUUAAUAAUCAAAAUUAUUAAAUAGGAAUUUACUUUGUAAUACAGGAAAAGAACUGUGCCAUCCACUUUAGUUAAUAGUUUUCCUACACUGAUAAUGGCUCUGAAAUUUGAGAAGCAUCUACAUUUUUUUUUCCAGAUUGGUUUUCCUGUUAGUAGAUUGUGUUUCCAGAGAAAGGUACAAGGCAUAGAUGGUUGUUUAGAAUUUUCCUCUAUCCAUUUCUAUCAGCUUUUUGGCAAUUAGGUUCAAGGUAGACUUUGAGUGACUGUCCCACAGUGAGGUGGGUUCUCUGGUGUGGCACUGGAAGGCAGGUUAUGCUUGCAGCUGUUGUCCUUCCUUCUGGAAAUUUGCUGAGGGCUUCCUUCACUUCAACUGCUUUAGAGUUGAAUAUACAUUAUUAUGGAGAAGUUGCAGAAAACUCCAAUUCAGGAGCUUUUGCUAGGGUAUCUGCUAAGGAAACUUUCCAAUGAACAGUGACUGAGCUGUCUGGAAUAAUAUCCUUGAUUCUGAGUUGGGACCAGACCAGCCUUUUAGAGAGAGGCAAAAGGGGAUUUAUUGGGAUGACUGUCCAUGACAUUUGUUGUUCUAAGAAGUGUUACCUCUGACUGUUAUUAACCAAAGAUGGGAAAGGGACAAAAUCAACGAGUGCUCUUUUUAGAGCUAGUGGUUUUUGAGAAUUGUUACCCUAUUUGUGGACUUUGAAAUACAAAUGUUGCCCUGGUCGUUAGCUCUGCUCUGCUGGCCGUUUCCUCAAGCUGCGCUUGGACAGACCUGGCUUUACCUGAUGAAUCUACUUAUAGAGACAACUUGCAGGAGCUGUGAUGAUGAGGAAGUUUAGCUUGCCAGGGUUACUAUGAGGCCCAGGUCCCUAGAUGAAUCGCACAGAAGGAGGGAACUCUUCCCUUUAAAUAUAUGUCAGUGGCUUGUUGGUGCUGACUAAAUAGUAAAUAUCCAUGACUUUUCCUGAUAAUACCUCAGAGUACACAGUCCUUGCUCAAGUAAUCCCAUAAGCAGAAUGUAACAUUUCUCUAGGAUUCUGCUCAAUUUUUCUUUAUGGCUGAAAUUAUUUGGACAAUGAUGGUUCUGUAGGUAUGAAGAGAAGGUGGAUUUUCUGCUCCAAGUGGCCCAAACUCAGCCUGUCAGAAGGCACAUUAUAUUAAACCUACAUUUACAUUAGGCCAUUUACGUGUUCAGCUGAUUUUAAACAUACAUUUUUCCUUUCUUUUUCUUCUUGAUUUCAGGGAAAAUACUCUGAUUUGUUGAGAUGAAUCUCAGAAUAAAGUUGCUGCAUUUUUUUUCCCCUCAGCUACCUGUUCUCAUGAUCUGGGUAUUUAAUUCAAGAAACCCUAAUUUAAGGUAUUUUAAAUUUAAGGUAUUUUAAACCUUAAUUUAAGAGAUCUUUUGCUCAAUGUGAUGUCAUUGUGUUAAUCAAAAACAUGUUAUU